CCCUGGCCUGCGGCACACACUCGCACAUUGUCGAUGUCCUUCAUGUUCGGCGUCAGAGCCGCCCGGCUCUCGCUGCGAUGCCCAACCGGUCCAGCGAGCCGCCCGUCUUCGAUGGGCCACAGCCUGCGGUGUUACUCGUCCCGCCCGUCUCGGUUCGGCAACAAGAAAAGAACGCAGGUGCUGGAGCAGGAGCCCGAAGCGGCGCGCGGCGGCGACUGGGUCUCCCAGUCUCAGGUCAAGGAGGCGCCGCCGACGGCAGCCGGGGCGCCCGCCACGUUCCCGUCGUACGAACAGAGGCAGCAGCAGGCGGGUUCGCAGUACGAGAGCCUCUCCGACGGCGUGGUGGCGCACAUGCGGCGCGUGUACGCCACGCUCGCGACCGGCAUCGGCAUCUCGGCCGCCGCGUCGGUCACCGCCAUGGCCACGCCCCUCGGGCUCGUGCACCCUCUCAUCCCUGGGCUGGGCGCGAUGGUGCCCCUGCUCGGCCUGAUGUACACCUCGAAGCACACGCACUCGCAGACGCUGCGCGCCGGCCUGUUUGCAGCCUUCACCGGCCUCUCUGGCUGGGCGAUGGCGCCGCUCCUCCUCGUGGCGCUCAAGGUGUCUCCGGCCAUCGUGCCGCAGGCCCUCGCCAUCACGACCGGCCUCUUCGGCACGAUGACGGCGCUCUCGCUCUUCGCCAAGCCGGGCUCCAUGCUGCGGCUCGGCGUCCCUCUCGGCGCCGGGAUGCUCAUGCUGCUCGGAUGCGGCGUCGCGGGGAUGUUCGUGCCGGUCACGUCGGCGUGGUACCCGCUCCUCCACUCGAUCAACCUCUACGGCGGGCUGGGGAUCUUCACGCUCUACAUCGCCUACGACACCCAAAACAUGAUCAACGAGUACGAGAUGGGGGAGGACGACCACCUGAAGCACGCCGUCGACCUCUUCAUCAAUUUCAAGGUCAUCUUCCAGCGCGUGCUCUUGUUGCUGAUGGGCCGCUCCGACGACUAGCGCCCGCGUGCCACACACACCGCCCUUGGGCCCUCGCUCACCGGGAGAGCGAGCGGCUCCACCCCCACAUCUCCCCGAGGCGGUGCGCGCGGCUCGUCAGCCUGGUUGCAGGUUGGUGGCAGAAGAGAGGCGGAUGGCGUGGUGAGACCGCGCACGUGCCGCGCAACCAGCGAGGGUCGGCGAGGGCGGGAGGGCUAGAGCCGGAGGCGGUGACUUAGGUAUAAAGGGACCACAAAGAGCUGUGUGUGUACAC